UAAAACAUCAAACAUGUUCAUGUCUGUUAACAUGGCACAAUUUGAAAAAUUGUUGGUGGUUUUGUUCCUCUGUGCUGUGGCAUCUAGCAUAGUCAUGGUAGAUGCCACCUUCUCCAAAAGCAUGUAUAUCACUUGGGGUUCUCAACAUGCAUCAAUGCAGGGUGAAGAUCUUCAGCUUGUGUUGGAUAAAACCUCAGGAUCUGCAGCUCAAACAAAGAAAGCAUUCUUAUUUGGAAGUAUUGAAUCACGAAUCAAGUUGGUUCCUGGUAAUUCUGCAGGAACAGUUACUGCAUAUUAUCUUUCAUCUACAGGAAGCCAACAUGAUGAGAUAGAUUUUGAGUUCUUAGGCAACAUUUCAGGACAACCAUACAUUGUGCAUACAAACAUAUUCACACUAGGAAAUGGAAGCAGGGAACAACAAUUCUAUCUCUGGUUUGACCCAACUGCUGAUUUUCACAAUUACACCAUUCACUGGAACCCAGUUGAAGUUGUGUGGUACAUUGAUAGUAUACCAAUCAGGGUGUACCGUAACUAUGAAAAUGAGGGGGUUGCUUUCCCAAACAAGCAAGGAAUGAAGGUUUAUACCAGUCUAUGGAAUGCAGAUGAUUGGGCAACAAGAGGUGGACUUGUUAAGACCAAUUGGAAUGGUGCACCAUUCAUAGCUAGAUUGAAUCAUUUUAGAGCAAGGGCUUGCAAGUGGAAUGGAGCAAUCAGCAUCAACCAAUGUUCUUCAAAUAUCCCUGCCAAUUGGUGGACUUCUCCCACAUACAAGCAACUGAGUUAUGCUCAACAGGGUCAGCUGAAUUGGGUCAGAAACAAUUACAUGAUCUAUGAUUAUUGCAGAGAUACCAAAAGGUUCCAUGGACAGAUGCCUCCUGAAUGCUUCAAGUCACAAUUCUAAACACCAGAGAGACUUGCAAGAUCAAAAAUGCUUUCUUUCAUUCAAUUAUUGCUUUUGUUUUUGUUCCAUUUGUAUGUGUUUCAAUCUGUGAUUCCCUUCUGGAUUUUGUACUGCAAAUCAGCAUCAUAUUCAUUCCAUGUCAUUGGUACUUAGU